AUCACUGUGAUCGUGACGGCUGAGAUAAAAAAAAACAGACUGAGUUUCUUUUGGUGUGGAUUUAGGAGCAUUCUAAAAUAAGCUAGUGUAGCCUGGACAAAUGGACAACACGUGCAAAGAAAGCGAAUUCCUCUCACUUUUAUUCUACCAAGCUGUGAGGGACCACAAACCUGUGUGGAUGUUGGAAGAAAUGCGAAACCUGAAGACUUUUCACUGGGAAGAAAACGUCCGGCAACAGACCUACAACCCAUCCGAGGCGCUUCUGUAUGCCAUCGUGCACGACCACCGAGAUUACGCACAAUACUUGCUGAAUCAGUUUCAGGACGUUGCUCUUGCAAAUCCAGGAGAGCAAUUCUGCUGUUAUCCAACAUCAGAUUCACACCUGGAAAUGGCUAUCCGCCGUGGCAGGAAUGACGUCAUAGCGUUCAUCCUUCAGGUGGUUCAUAGAACACCUUCUCUGCGCUUAUACAUAAACCAGCGUGUGUGCAAACACGAGAGGGAUGGCAAAACUCCACUACAUGUGGCAUGUGAGCUUUUACAACCACAUACCGUCAUAAUAUUAUUGGGAAAUGGGGCUUCACCGCAAGCUGAGGAUCAGAAUGGAAUGACACCACUGGAUCUUCUAUUGAAUAAACUUUGGACCGCCAAAGAGAAUGCACACUCCAUUAAGUGUAUUAGGGCUUUAAGAAUGUGCAUUGAGAACCUGCUCUUUUUCAUGCCUAAGUUGCAGUUUAAAAUGAAGAGCAGACUUGAAGAGGAUCAACUGUUCUGGUCCAAAAUUCUGGGAGAGGAGCAGUAUAACCUUCUAGUGGGGAGAAUUCCUGCAACACUUUUUCUUACAGCUAUGCAGAAAGUCUUGUCUCAACUGCCUCAACAUGAAUUUUCAGAAAGUCUUGAUAAACUGCCCAUUCCAGCUUUUCUGAAACCUCACACACACCAUUAACACAGUAAAAAGAGGCCUAUGUUCUUACCAUGCUUUUUGUUGUCUUUUUUCCCAUUUUAAUUUAAUUACAUUCAGUUUUAUUUGUGUGGCAUAAAUUGAAUGCUCAAAAGUAUUACUAUAACUUAAGAAAACAAACGUCUUCCAGUUCUCAAACGAAAUAAUGCUAAACCUCUUUUUAAAAUAUAAAAAGGACAGUAUUUUUAUAGGAAUAAUCAUUUUACUUUUAUUUUAUCACAGUUUUACUUUUAAAAAUGCUUGUGUUUUAUUUAUAUAGCUUUAGAAUCGCAGUCUAAAGUCAAUGAGAAUGUAAAACCAUUAUAAUGUUACUGUGCAGAAUUUGAUGCAUCCAAUAUGCAGAUGUCUUUCAGAGACUUCACUCCUACUAUUCUGUUUUAUGGACAGAGCUAUAGUUUAUUUCAUAUUUAAUUUACAAUUUUAUUUUUUUGCAUUGCAUUAUUAUGAAAUGAUUAUAACUACUGGAAAACAGAUAUUUAUUAUAUGAAAUUUGGGGCAUGUGUCUGCCAACAGUAUUAUUAUGCAAACCUGAAAGUGUAUUUCUGUGAACUGUUCAGC